AUGAUUGAUGAAAAUGGUGAAGAAAAGGCUGGAAAAGUAAAGGUUAUGAUGACAAUACAUGUUACAAAGACUGUGAAACUGAUGAAACGAUUACAAUGUAGUGGAGGAAUGAUUGAGGCGGUGAAGAGUUUACACUGUAACUACACACACCCAACCCACCGUAGACAAGGCUUUGGAUCCGUUCCUCCCGGUCCCGAUGAGAAUUUACACAAUUGA